GAUCACUGUCACACCCGUCGACACAAAAAACCCAUGAUCACUAAUCCUUGUACUAACCUUUCUUGCUUCUUUUGUCUCAUAAACGAACCCGACCCAUCAACAAGAAGAACAUCAAUAUCAAACUACCUUAAAGAAAUUCCUCUCCUCAACGACCAACAACACAUCCUCGUACUAAGCUCCCUUUGGAACAUCGCCAUGACAAAACCCGACGAUCCCGAGUUCCCUUCCCUAGGAAUCUUCAAAUGCAUGUCAUCUUUCAUUCGAAAAGGUCUCAACAACAAAAAAUGGCUAUCAACCGGCCAAAACAUAUACAUACCAUAUUACGCGGCUCAUAUUAUCGGUUCCUACACAAUGAACAAACCCGAGUUCGCGAAAACUUGCAUAGAAUCCGGCGUGAUUCCUCCUUUAAUCGAUCUUAUGAGAGGACAAAUGAGUUGGGUCGAGCAAAGAGUCUCCGUUCGAGCCCUAGGACAUAUUCUAAGCUUCGAUAGCACGUUUGGAACCGUGGUUGAGUAUGAAGAGGAGCUUGUCGGAUUAGCCAUGCGGUUGGCAUCAACAUGUCUUGAAACCGUGUACGCUGAUUUUGUUUCGAAGAGGUUGGAAUAUCAUAGGGACUUACUCACUAGAGGAGUUGGGGGGAGGGAAAUUGAGGAUCGAAAAGUUGAGGAAUGGGCUAGCCAACUUCAAUGUUGGUCUUUGUAUAUAUUGAAUACUUUUGCUAUGAAGGAAAGGUCUAUUAAUGUUAUGUGUGAUAAAGUGUUCUUGAAGGAGCUUUGUGGAAUGUGGGGUGGACUUGUAAACCACUCAUCACCUUGUGGGAUAGGUUUGUUGAGAAUCUUAUGUUAUAGUAAGAUUGGACGGGAGAGAAUUUCGGAGUCUUUGGAAGUCGUCGCGAGUCUUUGUAAUAUGUCGAGAUCAUCGGAUGAUUGGCAAUACAUGGCGAUUGAUUGCAUUCUCCUCCUUCUUAACGAUCCAAUAACGCGGUAUAAAGUGAUUGAUCAUACUGCGUCAUGUCUAGUUGAUUUAGUUGAGCUUAGAACGCUCGGUGAUAGAUCACAUGUUGGGGAUUUAAUCGCGAAAACCCUAUUUCUUUUGGAUGGAAAAAUAGAAACCAUUGAUGAAGUAUGGUCUUUAGUUGAAAGAAGAAAGAAAGAGAGGUUGUUAUCUUGUGAAAGUGUUGAAGAAAUGAGGGUUUUGGCUGGCCUUACAAAACAACAAGGAAAUAACAGCUUUUGGGAAGGCGACAUUGAAGAAUCUUUGUUGAAGUAUUCCGAGGGCUUAAAGAUUUGUCCUCUUAAAUUCAGAAAAGAUAGACUUGUGCUUUAUAGCAAUAGAGCUCAAUGUCAUCUUCUUCUCGGCGAUCCAGACGCUGCCAUUAGCGACGCUACUCGUGCUCUCUGCCUAUCGAAACCUGUCAAUUCUCAUGGUAAGAGUCUUUGGAGAAGAUCCCAAGCUUAUGAUGCGAAAGGGUUGUCAAAAGAAAGUUUGAUGGAUUGUAUCGCAUUUGUUAACGUUUGCAUGAGAUCAGAAAAAAUGAAGAACAUAAAAAUCCCUUAUUACGCAGCUCGAAUGAUCACAAAGCAGAUGGACUCAAUUUGGCUAUUUGCAACCGCGCAUUCGAAGGCCUUGGGUAGAUAUACGACGUCGCGAUUGUUUGACGAUGAAUGCGAGUCGAGUAAGAAGCAUGACACUAAGAUAGUAAUGGGGAACAAGGGUUUCACAUCAAAUUUGUCCACCAUCAUGGAAGAACCUUUGUUUGGGAAUAGAAGAUUAACAAGAAGGAGGAGAAUGAGCUUGUGAGUUGUUUUUUCCCGGUGUUUAUUCUCGAAAAGAAGCUAAGAAAAUCAUCCUAGCCUCAUCUAAAUCAUGAGGUUAUUAAAAGGAAUUGAACAUAAGAUUGUGAUUUUUUCACUUGAUCUUAUGUUGGUGUAAUAGUGAGACCCCACAUCUCCACCAUCUCAUAAUGAAAGACAAUAAUGAUCUUCACUUUCAAUUAUUGUAAUCCUUAAUUGGUGGAUGAUGGAUAUGCUCAUACUUG